CUGUCACCGGCCGGGAUGUAGAGUGAUGGGUGGGGUGCGCUGUAGCAGGAGCUGGUACCUCGCCCGCCCGUCUUCGCUCCCGCAGCCACUAGCUCUGGCAGGCUCCGCCUCCGGGUGCGCGCUGCGCCCUCCCCUUAUGGGUGUCAGGCGAGAGGCGGAGCCGCCUUCCAGUCGCUUGUAUCAGGAGCCGGUGUUACUCGCGGUCACUCAGAGCCGCCUUUAUCUUGCUCCACUGCAAGGGGGUGGCACUUGGGAACACCUUAUUUUACCAUACACGCUAUAAAUACACCACCUGGAAUGGGAGCAGGGCUACCGGCCGCAGCGGGACACAGUGACGCACGGACACCCGGACACCAGCAGCAGCCAGAUCCAGAGAGCCGGCAGUGAGGCUCGAUUCUACAGGACAUUGGAAACCGCCCCUGAGCGUUGCAACGAGCAAGCCGGGGGAAGGCUUUGGAGAUACAAGGCCUGGCUCCUGGUGGCCCUUGCAAGGAGAUUUGGUGGGGCAGAAGAAGGAACCGGCUGCUGUGUUUGUACUCCCCAGGCACCCGGUGAUUACUGGCAUUGCACCCCACCCAUCGGCCAACAUGAUGCAGAUCUGCGACUCCUACAGCCAGAAACACUCCCUCUUUAACGCCAUGAACCGCUUCAUCGGGGCCGUCAACAACAUGGACCAGACGGUGAUGGUGCCCAGCCUGCUGCGGGACGUGCCGCUGCUGCUGGAGGAGCUGGACUCGGGGGGCGGCUGCGGGGAAGGGGACCCCCAGUUGUCGCCGGGGGACGCCGGCGCCUUCUUCUCCCGCAGGGACAUGUACAGCCAUUACCUGCUGCUCAAGUCCAUCCGCAACGACAUCGAGUGGGGGGUGCUGCAGCAGGGCGCCGAGGAGGCCAGCCGGAAGAAGGACAAGCUGAGCGGGGACAUUAGCCGGGGCCUCCCGGAGGCCGCGGUGGAGGAGGAGGAUCUGGAGAAGCAAUUCCACUAUCACCUGAGCGGACUCCACACGGUGCUCUCCAAACUCACCCGCAAGGCCAACGUGCUCACCAACAGAUACAAGCAGGAAAUCGGCUUCAGCAACUGGGGGCACUGAGCCAGGGCAGGGCUUGGCAGGGGGGGGGGUGCCGCCAAGCAAGGGAUCCCUAUCUGCGGGGGGGGGAAGAGGGGCUCUGGGGAGCGCGUCCGAGGACGAGGAGCAUGUGUGUGCACGCGCAAAUGGAGGGGAUGAGCAUGGGAUGGGCAUGGAGGGGGAGCGAGUGUGUGACAAUGGAAGCGGGUGGGGGCGCGUGCCAGAGGGGGAAUGAAUGCGACCGUGGAGGAGGGAUGCAGGGGGAUGGGCAGACCUGUGUGUGUGUGUGUGCGCGGCUGGGGCGGGUGGACGUUCAAGCAGGAGGGGGAGGGGACCGUGACGCAUGGCGGGCACAUCCUGCCCGGGUGUGCGAGCAGCUGUGCGCUGCACGGCGGCGGGGAUCUUUGCCUACGCAGCAGCAGCAAAGCGGCGUGUGUGUAUCAAGUUUCCUAGACUGGGAGCUUAGUAUGAAUGGCGGAGGGUGGCCGAGGCCAGUUACUGACAGCGUGUGGUGGCGGAGGCGGCCGUCCUCCUAGUGGAGACUGCAUCACUUCUUUCUUUCCUGUUUUGCACUACUUUUAUAACAAUAAAAGACGUGUAUAUAAUGUGUAAGAUUUCUUUGCAUGCUCUUAGAAUUGCAGUCCUCUUAUUUUUUUUACCAACGCACAAACAGAGAAAGGUGUACAUUAAUCAAUAUUAGUUCAUUCCGUUUUAUGUUCUGUCCAGGGUGAGCAGUUAUUGUUCCCCUCUAAGUAAGGAGACUGAUGAUUUGUACAUGUAUGUGCUGGCUGUAUAGCUGGCUGAUAUGAGGCUGAAAAUAAGCCAAUGAAAAUAACAAAACUGUUGUGAAAAUUACAUGUGUUACCCAGGACGGAGCCAGUUUACUAAACUAUAUCCCUGUAUUGCUGGACGGAUGAAGGGUACCAUUACUGUACAUGUACUGAAGCUUAUUUAAAACUUUUUUUUAUCCAGAUGUAGAGUAUAUUCUAAAAUAAAGAAGCAAAUGUAUUGACUAA